AUGGAGUUGCGAUUACACUCACCAGCGGGAGCGGAGCCCAUCGUUUAUCAGUGGCCACUCACUUCUGGAUCAGGCGCCGAUCGUCACGAUGGAGCCAUUGAUGUUGUCGAAACGAUGAGAUGGGUCUGUGAUGAUCUACCGGACCUAAAAUUACCACUGGAGAAUAAUAUUCUCCAAAAUUAUGACACCAGAGAUUAUGAUAGUAUGAAGGGGUUAUGUGAUCGUUUUAAUCGAGCUAUUGACAGCCUAGUGCAGCUGGAAAAAGGAACGAGUUUACCAUCAAUGAGAUUAAAUAAACGACCUAGCAGAGGAUUACUUCGACACAUAUUACAGCAAACAUACAAUCAAGCGGUGGUUGAGCCCGAUAAAUUGAACCAAUAUGAACCAUUUUCCCCAGAAGUUUACGGUGAAACUAGCUACGAGCUUGUUUGUCAAAUGAUUGACCAAAUAGACGUCACUGAGGACGAUAUUUUUAUUGACCUUGGAUCUGGUGUUGGUCAAGUUGUUUUGCAAAUGGCUGCAGCGACUUAUUGUAAAAUUUCAUUGGGUGUUGAAAAAGCUGAAGUGCCUUCACGUUAUGCGCAGAGCAUGGAAGUGAAUUUUCGAAAAUGGUUGAGUUGGUACGGAAAAAGAUGUGGAGAGUAUCGUUUAGUAAAAGGGGAUUUCUUAGCUGAUGAAAACCGUGAGAGUAUUACUAGUGCAACUAUAGUUUUUGUAAAUAAUUUUGCAUUCGGUCCAACGGUAGAUCAUCAAUUGAAAGAACGUUUUGCUGAUUUACGAGAUGGAGCGCGAAUUGUAUCAUCUAAAUCAUUUUGCCCGUUAAAUUUUCGUAUUACAGACCGAAAUCUCAGUGAUAUUGGAACAAUAAUGCAUGUUUCGGAGAUGACACCUUUAAAGGGAUCUGUCUCUUGGACUGGGAAACCAGUAUCUUACUACCUCCAUGUAAUCGAUCGAACAAAAUUAGAACGUUAUUUUCUUCGUCUUAAAAACAAUAGAAUGGGCGGACCAGACCUUGAAAACUCUGAUUCUGUGAUAAGUAACACUGCCAGCAAUAGUAGUAGAAUAUCAAGUAGAGCUGAGCGAGGAGAUAGAGCCAAAAGAGAUUUAUCACGGCAGCUUGAAAGUCCCAAUAAUUCUGAAUUAAUUGGUACAAAUAAUUUGUUACACAGUCAAACACUGUUGAGUACAUCACCACAAGCUAUUGGUAAAAAGCUACCUCCAGCCCCUGGUACUGUUGAACAGCAUCUUUCCUCGUUGUCAUUGUCAUUGCAAGCUAAUACUACAACUGUACAUGAAGAGCUUAGCAUACCUCCAGCACCGGCUGCAACUCCCUAUGCACUGCAAAUUCUUCUCGAUCAUUACAGGGACCAAUUUAUGGCAAUGUUGGAUUCAUUAAGGACGCCUGCAUACAAAGACUCGGUAAAUGACGAGCUGACUAAGGAGCGUGAACGUAAUUCAAAAUUACAGUCACGUGCAGCGCAAUUAGAAAAACAAAUAAAGGUAUUGAUUGAUGACAGUGUGGCAUUAUUAAAAGCAAGAAUGACGGAAUUGGGUAUUAAUGCCACUUCACCGGGUGAUUUGCUUGCAAAGGCUAAAGAAAUCGUACUGAGGCAUAAACAACUGCAAGCGAAAGCCAGUAAAUUACAAGCUCAAGUGUCGUCAAUGGAGACUGAACAAACGCGAUUGGCAACGCUCAGGCAUCAAGAGCUUCAUGAUAAGUACAACAACAGCAGUAGUCAUGAUAAUGCUAAUAAUAUUUCAAAUCCUCCUCCGCAGAACGGAAAGAGUCCACGUAAAACCCGUGAAGGACGUUCAAGGUCUCAGGAGUGGCCUGAUGUACCGGAUAUCGGUAAAAUACAAGAAAACAAUCCGGAAAUUUUAGCACAAAAAAUUUUAGAAACUGGUCGUCAGAUAGAAGCUGGCCGUAUACCCAACAGACUCAAUUGUUCUGGUGGUACAUCAAAUAUUAACAACAACAACAACAACAACAACAACAACAAUGGUAAUAUAAAUAUUAAUAAUAAUAAUAAUAACAAUAAUAAUAAUAGCAGUAGUGGUAGAGUUAAAUUACCACAAGCAAACGUAAACUUUUCAUCAACGUCGGGUGUUACUCAAUUACAAGGUAAUUCACGAGAUGUUAUUAAUCGUGUUCAAGAACCACCAAGAGUUAAUAAUUUUGAGGACCGCCUAAAGAGUAUCAUUACCAGUGUACUGAAUGAAGACCAACAGAAUAGAAAUAAACAGCAGCAACAGCAACAGCCCCACUCUUAUCAGUUACAAACUCAGCAUCAUCAACAACAACAACAACAACAGUCACCUCAAUCCACUGACUUUGAUCGUAAACGUACGAGUAGUAUACCACCAAAUGUAUCAACACCCGAUUAUACUCAAGUUUCACCAGCAAAAUUAGCGCUACGUCGACAUUUGUCCCAAGAACGCCUUACGUGUCAUUUAGUACAGCCCGAUAGAUCAUCGUCAGCACCAGAUUCACGGCAGCUAACUCAUAAUAAUAAUAAUAAUAAUAAUAUUAAUAAUAAUCAUAUUGCUAAUAAUAAUAAUAAUAAUAAUAAUAAUAAUAAUAAUAAUAGUUGUAGUGGUAAUAAUGACAAUCGUAUUCCAUCGACCGGUACGAGUACUGGAUUACUCGGUACAAGAACAAUCGGUGAUCUCGUGAACGGUGAGAUUGAACGAACGCUUGAAAUAUCUAACCAAUCAAUUAUUAACGCGGCAGUGGAUAUGAGUGCAAUGAUAAGACCCGAAACAGUUUAUUCCCCUAUUAGUAGACCUGCUAGUGCAGAAGGUGAAACAGGUCUUGCUACUUUGGCGCACGUUGCUAGUUAUGCACCAAAUUGUUCAGCUUCUGCAUCAACUUCAACUACAUCAACUUCACGUUCUUCAGUUUUAUUUACACCUGCUUCUCAAUCCCAAAGAUAUACACCGGUUCAAUUACCGCGAGCAGACUUGAAACCUUACCAUGAAUCAUAUUUUGGUGAUAAUUCAACGCAGUUAAUAAAACAAACUCAACAUACUACGGUAUCUCAUCCAUCUCAGUCAUCAGCGUCAAAUGAUGAUUUACAGCCUGUGGAGGGUCUUGCAGCAUCGCUUCAUGCACGAAUAAUAAAUAAUCACAGCGACAAAAAUGAAUCUUCUAACAAUCGAAGAUACCAACCGUAUCCACGUUACGUAAACAGUAGCAACAGCCACGGCAGUAAUGAUGGUAGUGUACUCUCGCCUCUACAAUCACAAUCAGCAGUGUCUUUAGUUAAAAUAGAGACAAAUGUCUCAUCGGUGAGCACAAGUGGAGCACCUCUGAGUCCUCUUAUUGAACCACAUUCUAAUACCUCAACACCGCUAGUUGAUGAACCACACAUGACUACGCAGAGACAGUCCAGUGGGAUAAUAGAUGAAGAUGGUGAAGCAGACUGGCAAGAUCGUAUUAGUUCGGGUUUCGAUAGACUAGUUGCAUUUGCCUCAACAGAACUUGACAAACGACGGAGGUCUACGGAAGGCGUCAACACAAGUCCAGACAGUGGAUUAGGAUUAGAUAGCGCAGUUAUUGGACCACCUCGAGUAGCACCUUCACCGGAUGAAGCACUCGGUCCUCCGCGAACACCAUCUCCGACUAGUCCACGACCGCCAAAUAAUUGUACCGCACCGAGUAAUAGUAGCAACAAUAACAGCAACAAUAACAAUAACAGUAAUAGUAAUAACAGUAACAAUAAUAACAAUAACAAUUCAUCGUCGGUACCGCUUAAAUAUCAGCGACAGUCGGAUCCCGAAAGGCAGCAUCAUUUUAAAAAAAAGUUUUUUCAUCGCGAUUGGAAUAAUUCUGGUAGUACAAGUAAAUUUCGACCUAAAGGCAAAGAUUGGGACUGGAAUAAUUCCGGUAAUUGGCCCUCUAAUGGCGAGCAAUCAUAA